AGUAAUGUAUCAUAUUGUGUUGGUCUUGACGGCGGUGUGGCAUCCGGAGGAGACUGGGAGCAUCACAGACCUGCAACAGCUGGACCGACACAUCUGGACCGGAACUGAGGAGGCCUGAGAGAGAGGGAGACAACAGGAGGACAGACAGGUGGAAAGACAGUCUGUGGUCUCUCCCUCCCACCACCUCCCCCUCGCCCCCAUCUAUCCGUUUGUCUCUCCUCCAGGCCGGUGUGGCAUUCCGGGCCGUGCCGGUCUUGUGGAACAUUCCGGGCUCCAUGGGAGACAGCAUGGCGGAGGGGACCCGGGUCAUCUAUCACUUGGAGGACCAGGAGACCCCCUACCUGAUCCGGAUCAACGUGCCCUCGCAGCGCGUCACCCUGGCAGACUUCAAACAGGUCCUGAACAAACCCAACGCCAAAUUCUUCUUUAAGUCCGUGGACGAUGACUUCGGGGUGGUGAAAGAGGAGAUCAGUGAUGAUGAUGCCAGAUUGCCCUGUGUGAACGGACGGGUCGUCUGCUGGGUGGUGUCCUCAGAUACCUGUCAGUCAGAUUUCAGGGGGUCAGAUAUCCAGUCAGUGGUCACGUCCACCAGCCUGGCCCCGCCCCGCACUGAGAGGACAGGUGGGAUUGGAGACUCUAGACCUCCGUCGUUCCAUGCUGCAGCUAUCAGCAGCCACGAUGAACCUCAGGGGUCAGAGGUCAAACCUGUUGCGUCACUAACAGACAGGAGAGAGAGAGACGCCAGUGAGCAAGGUGAGCGUCUGAAUGGCAACGCCCACCAACCAGCUGAUCAGAAUGGGGCGAGGCCAACAGGUGCAGGUGACAGCUCGUCAACCCAACAGAGUAGUGAGUUAGAGACGACCAGUUUCUGCUCGUCUGAGGAAGACUCAGGAGGAAGGUUCAGCCAAUCAACAGAGCAGAGCAGCUCCUCGCCGCGACUCGUCAGGCGACAGCGCCGCCGCCACCGGAAACCCAAAACCCAACGGAUGGAGAGGUCUGCGUCUUUCAGCAGUGUCACUGACUCCACCAUGUCGCUCAACAUCAUCACUGUAACUCUGAACAUGGAGAAAUAUAACUUCCUGGGGAUCAGUAUAGUAGGUCAGAGUAAUGACAGAGGAGAUGGAGGGAUUUAUAUCGGCUCCAUCAUGAAGGGAGGAGCUGUGGCAGCAGACGGACGCAUCGAGCCUGGAGACAUGUUACUGCAGGUGAACGACAUCAACUUUGAAAACAUGAGUAACGAUGACGCUGUUCGAGUCCUGAGAGAGGUCGUCCACAAACCAGGUCCGGUGACAUUAACGGUGGCAAAGUGUUGGGAUCCAAACCCACGAGGCUGCUUCACGUUGCCGAGAAGUGAACCGGUCCGUCCCAUCGACCCUGCUGCCUGGGUGUCUCACACUGCCGCCAUGACUGGGAGGCUCCUCCCACACUAUGGUGUCCAUGAAGAAAACCAUCUCACCAUUCACAGCAACAUCACAGCUGUUGUCAAGGCGAUGGCCAAUCCGGAGUCAGGCCUGGAGGUUCGGGACAGGAUGUGGCUGAAGAUAACCAUCCCCAACGCCUUCAUCGGUUCAGAUGUGGUGGACUGGCUCCACCGUAAUGUGGAAGGUUUCACGGACCGCCGUGAAGCCAGGAAGUAUGCAGGAAACCUGCUGAAGGCCGGAUACAUCCGCCACACCGUCAACAAGGUCACCUUCUCUGAGCAGUGCUACUACGUGUUCGGAGACCUCUGUGGAGAUCUGGGUGUGAUGUCUCUGCUGGAUCACGAAGGAGGCUCCAAUCAAGGAGGAGGAGGACCAGACAGUGACCCGUUGGCUCCGGCUUCAGGUGCUCAGUGGCCCCCAGCCUUCCCCUAUCAGUACCCCGUCCCUCACCCCUACAGCUCUCCCCACCCCCUCCACAAGCUGCCAGCCUGGGUAGGAGGAGGAGAAGGAAGUCAGCAAAGUGAAGGAAGUCACAGCAGUGGCUCAAACUGCAGUGACAGUCCGAAGGAGGAAGGAGGAGGGAGCCAAUCAGAGCCCACCAAACAACCGGGGACAGAGUCCCCUUGCGACAACAGCAACCAGCAACCCCCGACCUCCAUCUCUGGUCUCCAGGGUAAUAAUGACUCAAAGGACCCCCCACUUGCUCCCUCGCCAUCUCCAGGUCAGCGUCAAGACCUUUCCUCCGUCCCCCCUGAAAUCUCUGCCUCUAGACAGUCCUUCCACCUGGCCAUGGGAAACCCCAGUGAUUUCUUUGUGGAUGUCAUGUGACCCUCAAGGUUGUGACAAUGUCAUGUCAGGUGAUGUCAGGGUGUGAUGUAGACCUGGAAACAGGAUCUGCUGAUGGUGAAUCCAGGACUGAGGAGACUGUGAGAGGAAAGGAAGAAGACAGACAUGGAGGAAGACUUAGAUUUGAUUCUGAGUGUCUGAACUGAUUCAGGAAAGUUUCUUUUUCAUGUCAGUAGAAACUGAAACAUCAGAGGUUGAUUUAGUUGUGUAAAUCCACUGUGAACAACCUCACCAGUGCUUGAACCUGGUGUUCAUGACGCACCAGUAACACACCUCCGACUGGGGUCAGACCUCCUGGUCCCCCCACUCCACGUCCCUCCAUCAGUCCCUAUGUGAGUGUUGACAUUCCUCAGCAGAAACUGACUCCAGGUGGCGCUCUCCUCAGGACCACAUCCAGAGACUCUGAGGCCGGAUACAACAGGUAGAACCUUCCUCCCAGCAACAUGUGGUCGUGUCUGGGGGCGGGGUCUGACAGGUUUUAUCUAAUCCCUUAUCAGAUCUUUUUUUUAUUUCAUUCAGUAUCAAACCUGAACCCUGGAGGUUGGUCUCUGCUUGGUGACGGUCAUUAACCCUGUCACUGGGGGGUGGGGGUGGGGUAGGGGACGGGGGUGCUGCAGCUGCAGGAGCUUUACAAGUUAAAGCAAAAACAACACACUAAUAAUAUUAAUUUAUCAUUCAGCCAAUAUCAACCCAAAUCACUGAUGUUUUGGACUCGUUUCAAGUUAAUAACACAACAGGGACUCCUGCUCCCCCGUGGUCCUGACUACCCUCCACACUGUGCAACAUGUCAUUAGAGGCUGUCGGCCAUGUUUAGUUCUUUUAAGAGCUGUGUCAUUGAUUUUGCAUGUCUGGACACAUCCACAGUUUCUUUUUUGCAGACGUCUUCUAGUGUGAUCUAAGAUUCAGGAAGGCAGAGACGAAUAAAUCCAGGUGUUUUACCAACUUAGAAAUGGAUCUAUAAUAGAAGCAGGUAUGAAAAUCCAUUUCUAGUCAGGAGAGGAAAACUGUCCGAGCAUCCUCACACCUGUCUUUCACCAGGGAGGGACUUCAGAAAAGGAGUCCAGACUCUCUCCAGGGGUUUGGUUUUAGACCCAGAGCGGUGCAUAGAGUAUAAAACUAGUCCUACUCCUGAAGCUGAGACUCAUUUCCUACCAGAGACGUGAGUCCAUGUCUGUAAAACUAGUUUCUGCAGCCAGGAUCCAGGACACCCACAACAUGCUGAGGUCUGCACACCUGCUUUUCACCUCCAUCCCUCCCUGUGUAGAGUGCUGAUCAGGUUUGUGGUGUAAUCAUCAGGUCUCUUGGGUGAAGACAGUUUUCCAUGUUGUUGCUUCCAGCAGAGCAUUCUGCUCUGGGUUCUGGUCAGAGGGUUAUUAGUGCCUGUUUUGAUGGUACUCUGAGAAACCAGUGGUGAAGUCUUUCCAGAAGUCUCUUGAAUCAACAGACAGGUAUCAGGAGGCCAGAGGGACUGCAGCCUCUGUGGUCAAUGAAGCAAAACCUGGGGUUCAGGAGGAAUUUGAGGGACCAUGGAAAGGGAUCUUUUGAUGCCUCAAAGACAGACAGUGCAGAAAAUCUUGGCAGUUUUAGUUCGGGCAGUUUUCAGUGAAGGAAAGAACUGGUGACGUUGAGUGGAAGUAGUGUUGUAGUGGGUGAAGGAACAGUUUUGAGUAAACUGAGUUUCCUAGACCCAGCUGACACAGUCACCAUAGUGAGGGCAGAGCUGGAAGACUCAGGAAACCUGAGUCCCUGUCAGAGGUCACUGAGGCGGGUAAAAAGCUGCACAGCUGCACCACGGACGAUCUGCAGCUGAGUGUGAAGCAGAGGGACUGAGGGGUUAGCACCUCCAGGUCUGAGGCCUUGGUCACUCUGGUAGAACAAGUCACUGCCCCAAGUUAAAGAAAUCCAGUGUCUUGGAGUCUUUGCAGACUGUUUCCUAAUCUUGAAGCUCUCGAUUCACUGGUUGAUCCAAAUUACAAACUACACCUCAUGAGGUUAGGGUAUUGACCAAAAUAAUGAGACUGGAGACAACCAACCAAAAUGAGGUUUCUCCACAGGGUGACUGUCCUAACCCUCAGAGACAGGGUGAGGACCUUGGACAUCUGGAAGAAGGUUGGAGGAGAACCACUGAUCCUUCAUGUUAGGAGGAGUCAGUUUAGGUUGGGUGGACGUCUGAUCGGGAUGUUUCCCUUUAGAAGGCUUUUUGGGUAUCUCAAACUGGUAGAAGAUCCCAGGCUAGACCUGAGAGCUGACAUAUCCGGGCCUGGUAAUGUCUUGAAAUCCCCCAAGACAAGCUGAAGGACACCUGGACUACCUUACAUAGGGUGCUGACCUGAACCCAGAUUCAGACAAUCAUCAAAAAAACUGAUGGAUGGGCUUUCACUGAAACGAGGUGGAACAUGAUUAUUGGUUGUUCUGGGAGUUUAAGACCAGUUUGAACAGUCGCUGCUGUACCCAGCAGGUUUCAGGUCUCAGUGAAGCCAAAAACCUCUGUACCUCAUUUCCACUGACUUCACUGUUUAUUUAUUCUGUGUAGCACCUAAUGUUCUAAUAUCCUGAGCACAUCUUACCCACAGAGCACACAUUCAAUAAUGUAUAUGAAUAUAUUUAUUAUUAUUUAUGAGAUGUUUGCCCGUGAUGGAUAAACAGAUUGUUUUUGUUUUGUCUCUGCUGUCUUCACUCUGAAACUUGAGGAAAACAAUUAAAAAAUGUCAACGAACA